AUUUACAAACAUGUUUGAAACAAAAGAACUAAUGAGAAUAAUAUUUGGGGCUGUACUACUUACUUGCUACAGUCAACCGACUAACAAUUUAAAGAUACUCGGUAUAUUUCCGUUAAAUGGAAAAAGUCAUUUUAUAAUGUUCGAACGUUUGGCGAAGGGUUUAGCUGAAAAAGGCCAUCAAAUUGAUGUCUACAGUCAUUUUCCAUUAAAAAAAUCCAUACCCAAUUAUAAAGAUUUUAGUCUUGAUGGAAGUUUACGUAUUAUACAAAACAAUAUGACUUAUAAUGAUAUGUUACAAUACCAGUCUCUAAAUGUACCAAAUAUGAUGAACGCCGUUGGUACUAACAUAUGUGAGCUUAUGAGCCAUCCCGUUUUUCAAAAUCUUUUGAAAAAUCCGCCUCGAAAUCCACCAUACGACAUUAUCAUCGUUGAGGCAUUCUUAUUCAAUUGUCAUUUUGCUUGGGGGCGUUAUUUAAAUAUUCCAAUGGUAGGUAUAAUGUCAACAACAAUAUUAGAUUGGUACCAUAAAUCAUUUGGUAAUCCCUCCAUGCCAACUUUUACAUCUGGAUCCAACAUUCUACAAAUGACUUUUAUGCAGCGAUUAAGCAAUACUAUUUUUAAUACUUUAAUGAGUCAAUAUAUUCAGUAUCAUAUUCUUGGUCAAAGUAAAUAUAUUGAAAAAUACUUUGGACCUGGUUAUCCUGAUACAAUCGAGAUUCAAAAGGAUUUAGAUUUAUUGCUGGUCAAUUCACAUUUUUCACUCGAAGGGAUCAGAGCAAAUACUCCGGCGAUUGUUCCAGUUGCAGGCCUGCAUAUCAAGGACGAUGAUACAAAAUUAACAGAGAAACUUAAAAAAUGGUUAGAUGACAGUAAAAGUGGAUGUAUUUAUUUCUCAUUUGGAUCAAUGGUUAGAAUAGAAACUUUUCCAAAUUCAGUUUUGAAAGCAAUUUACACGACGUUUAAAAAUAUUUCACCUGUUAGAGUGCUUAUGAAAAUUGCCAACCCUGAUGAACUACCUCCAGGUUUACCUUCAAAUGUAAUGACUCAAACAUGGUUUUCUCAAGAACAAGUUUUAAAGCAUAAAAAUACUAAGCUAUUCAUUACUCAUGGAGGGCUAAUGGGAGUACAAGAAUCUAUAUAUUUCGCUGUUCCGAUGAUUACCAUUCCUCUUUUUGGUGAUCAACACAUAAAUGCACAAUGUAAUGUUGAUCAUGGAAUUUCAAUACUGAUUGAUCAUCAUAAUAUCACUGAAGAGAGUUUUACUUCCGGGAUAAAAGAAGUCCUUCACAAUCCUAUAUACAAAAAAAAUUCGGACAAAUUAGCAAAACUAUUCAGAGAUCGACCAAUUAAGCCAUUAGAUACAGCAAUAUAUUGGAUAGAAUAUAUAAGUCGACAUGGAAAAAAAGCUAUACAAUCACCAUUAGUUGAGAUGCAAUGGUGGAAAGCCAAUUCUCUUGAUAUCUACGCAUUUAUUUGGCUUGUUCUUUUCUUUUUCUUGUACGUUCUUCAAGUUAUAGUUAAGAAAAUAUAUAAAUUAUGUUGCCCUUCUAAUCAAAAUCGAGCUUCUAGUCUAAUAAAAUCCAAAAAGAUUCAGUAACAGUUAUAAAUUAUAGAUUAUGUAUU